GUUUAUAUAAUAUAUGGCAGCUGGCAAAAACAGUUAAUUUUCUAGUUUAUUCAAUUUUAUAUUUAUAUUUAUAUUCAUUUUGUUAUAAAUUGUGGUAAAAACUAAUAAAUAAUUGUAAUUUAUGUAAAAUGUCAGUGGAAUCACCAACAAUUCCUGAUGAAGAGGCCGAUUUAUUAUUUAAGGUGAAUUCUAUCGAAUAUUUUGAGGAUGUUGACUCUGAUUAUGAUGAUAAUUUAAAUAAACUAUUAAAACAAAUCUCUAAGGAUGAGAAAGAGAGGGAAAGUUUACUAUAUUUACUGAAAAUUCUGGAAAAUGUUUUAUUGGAUCCCACUAAUCUAAAAACCAGGCGUAUUCGCAGGAGUAAUAAGAUUUUUGUAAAAUACAUCUCCAAUAAUCACCUUUUUCUUGAAUUGUUUACCUUCUUUGGCUUUGUUAUUGUUGAAGAGUUUUACGUACUUCAACAUGUUUACUUUCAUCGACUAAUUUACUCUUAUAAUUCCCUAAUCAACACACUACACAGUUCUUUUAACCUGAAUUAUAAAUCACUCCAACCACACUUUUUCGACCCUUUUAAGUCCUAUAAACACAAUUCCAAUACUUACUCCAAUUCUGAUUAUUUUGAGAUCAUUUCCAAGGAUGAAACUAAAUCUAUCAUUGACGAUACUGUUAAGGAAAUUUCAGAGAAGGAUGAAUCUCAGUCAAAGCUGGAAGAUUGGAACCCUGUAAUUACAAUUGAAACUAAUGUGAAACCCUGUAAAAAAUUACAACCUGAACCCUUGGAUACAUCUAAGCCCACUGUAUCUUCCCUAAUAAAGAUGUAUAAUAUUGGAAAAAAUGAGAACUUCGAGUCUAGAUCUAAGAAACAGCUUGAAACGCUAAAGAGCAAGUCUGAAUUUGCCAAAAAAUGCCCCGUUGUUGAGGUUAAAAUUAAGUUUCCAAAGUCAACUACUCUUACAAUUCAAGUUCCAGUAAAAUCUCUGGUAAAAAACAUAAGAAGGAACAUCCAGACCAUUCUCGUUGAUGAGCUUUCUCUGGAUGACUGGCAUCUUGUUGAGUUUCCUAUCCGCAGAAAAAUCCGAGAUGAAAAAACUCUUUUAGAGGAGGAUAUCAUGUUUAAAUCAAUUCUCCACUUUACUUUCACUGAUCCCACUCGUGAACGAUUUCAAGUCAUUAAACAGGACUUUUUAAGCAAUCUUAUUAAAUCUGAUUAACUUUA